UCUGUCCAGUGUAAUUCGACGGAGUGUUAUUUAGUAAGAAGAUGAAGCACCCGAGUCUAGCGAUGGGAGGCUUGUUUGUCGAUUUCCAGCGCUUCGUGGAUCAUUGACAGUUGCUUCGGUAAAAGAUUAUUUCGCAAGUGUAUACCGGGUGGCACGCGACGCGCCCGGCCCGACGGCUUUUUGCGAGCACCCCGACGACACCCCAACAUGGAUUCGAUUUUAAUGGAGACUGGCCAGCACCAGCAGCAGCAGCAGCAACAGACGCAGGUUCAGCAGCAGACCCAAGUACAGCAGCAGUACGGGGAGGUUAACCAGUUGGGAGGUGUCUUCGUGAACGGACGGCCCCUGCCCAACGCCGUCCGUCUGCGUAUCGUCGAGCUCGCCCAAUUGGGCAUCCGGCCCUGCGACAUAUCCCGGCAGCUGCGGGUCAGCCACGGCUGCGUCUCAAAAAUACUUGCCCGUUACCACGAGACCGGUAGCAUAUUGCCCGGGGCCAUUGGGGGCAGCAAGCCCCGCGUCACCACUCCCAAGGUCGUACAGUACAUAAAACAACUCAAGCUCAAGGAUCCCGGUAUAUUCGCUUGGGAGAUACGGGACAGGUUGCUCUCGGACGGCGUCUGCGACAAGUACAACGUGCCCUCGGUAUCGAGCAUCUCGAGGAUACUGCGCAACAAGGUGGGCGCCGCCGCUGCCGCUGCUGCCAUCCACAACCCGCACCAUCCGGCCCACCAUCACCACCACCACCACCACCACCACCUGUAUCCCGGGGCGCCCCUGUGUCCGCCCAUGCCCUACGUGCCCACGGCUUAUCAUUCGCCCGUGGGUCACCACCUGCACCACCACCAGCAACAACAGUCGUCGUCGUCGUCGUCGUCGCACCACCAGGUGAAUCACCAGCCGGAUAACCAACAAGACCAAGGGGCCAAUAAUUUCCGGAGGUUCCUGGCCAUCGAGGAGGGGGGUAUGCCGAGUUCUCCGGGGUCGUCGUGUAAGCAGCCGAGCAACCCGUCGCCCUCGCCGCCAUCGUCGAACGAGCCAAACACUCCGUCGGUGGUCACCGCGUGCACGGCCUCGCCGCCAAUCUCGGCAACGGCAGCGGCUGCGGCGGCGGCGGCUGCGGCGGCUAGUUUGCACUGGCCCAGCUCCCACACGGUCCACGACAUCCUGUCGGGGGCCAUCCCGGGCCUCGUAGCGGACAAUCUCGCGCGCCACCACCACCUACACCCGCACCACCACCACCACCACCUCGGUACGGGUGGCGGAGACUCGCCGCAGCACCACCAUCACCACCAGAGGAUGCAGUCCUCGUCGUCGACGUCGCCCUCCUCGGGCAGUAGCAACGAAACCCUUCCGAGUGACCACCACCACCACCACCACCUACGACACCAGCAGUAUUACGCCUCGACCCUUUACCACCAUCAUCACCACCUGAGCCAUCAUCAGUCCGGGGUCGGCCUGCCGGUACCCGGUCACCACCACAUGCAGACCUUUCACGCCGCUUGCGCCGAUUAGGGACGCUAAUGGGCUGCUUUUGGUAUUAUACGCUACACGCGUUAGUCUCACAUCAUUUAUAAAAACUCGCGCGACGUUGAAUCCUUCGGAUCCAUGUCAUUAUUGCGUGUAUGUGUAUACAUAUAUAAUUAUAUAUAUAUAUAUGCGUUGUGUACAGUAUUUCGUGUAUCAAAGUGAUGGCAACGAGUCGCCUUUAUCUGCAAUUUUUCAUACAAAAGUUCGACCAAUCGCAUCACUCAUCGGACACAGUUUCAAAAGUAACAUACUCAACCGCGAUGAUUUUUCAAAAGUAGUACCUUACUAUACAUAACAUAUUAUAUACAUAGGGAUAAGUUAGAAACACCAAUACCUUGUGUUGGUGUUGCUAUUAUAUUAUUCAUUAAUUUAAUGUGCGUAUAUAAUAGUGCACGUAAGUCGGAGCGAAAGGUGACGAAUCGCGAUAGGUUCGACGAUCUCUCUUUUCAAGCUCGUGGAUGAAAAAAAAAAAGAAUCGUUUCAAUUAACGGAGUCAAACACGCGAAAACCGUGUUUUUCUUACUUUCGAUGUACAAUACACAUUGUUUACCAACAUCGCUACUGUAGUAUGCGAUUUUUCUCCGUUAAAUUGCAUAAGGUAUACAUAGUACGCGCACACUUUUGUAAUUUAAUACUCAAUUGUUAACGACGUGUACUCGCGCACAAACGACUCUUGCUCGCUCGCAAGAGAUAAGUACGGAUUCACGUAUUCUCUCGGUGUAAAUAGGUAUUUCCUUUCUUUUUUUUUCUUCCCUCGAUCAUACUCUUGUGUAAAUAUAUAUUUAGGUUUAUAGUAAUCCCGCGUGUAUCGAUUCCCCGAGUAUACUUUUGUUUGUUGGUGCUUUUUUUUUUUUUUUUUUUAUUUUUUAUUUCCCCACGUUUCGCUCGUUAUAACACAAAAGUAAAAUGUACAAGCCUCGAAGCUUAUCCGUCUUCGUGUGUAUACAUCGUUUUGUAAGUGGCGCACAGAAUUAUUUUUCACAGUAUUGUCAAUAAACUGCUCAAGCAACCCGAACCUGCGAA